AUGGCCUUUCUCCUGCCCUCUGGGACUUGGGCUGGUGAGAUCAUCGGGGGCUGGGAAGCCAAGCCCCACUCCAGACGCUACAUGGCCUAUCUGGAAAUACAAGAUGGGCAGGUUAAAAAAAUAUGUGGCGGAUUCCUGGUGAAGACAAACUUCGUGCUGACGGCCGCUCACUGCCAGGGAGACAAGAUCACUGUCAAGUUGGGAGCCCAUAACAUUAGUGAACAGGAACGGAGCCAACAGAAAAUCCCUGUGCACCACCAGAUCCCCCACCAGCAAUAUGACAAGAAGACCCUUAACAAUGACAUCAUGCUCCUGCAGGGUGAUUCUGGUGGCCCCUUGGUAUGUGAGGGAGUGGCCCAGGGCAUCGCUUCAUACGUUGACAAGCAUUUGUGCGAGCCAAGCGCGUUUACAAGACUCUCCAUCUUCAUUCCCUGGAUCCAGAACAUUCUGCAGAAACAGCAUUAA